CGAAGGGUAUAGCUAGCGGCGAAACAGUACCACCUUCUCCACAAAAGAAAUAUAAGAUUUACCUGGCAUAGUUUAAUUCUGCCUAAAGACAGAAGGCUUCCUCGGUUCUCCCAAUUCUUUAUAUGCACCUGUGGCCGCUACCCAGACAUGGCUAUCGAGCAUCUUGAGCACAGAUCCGAACUUCAAACACAAUUUCAGAAACUCGUCGAUCAAUCAGCACAAUGAAGGUCACUGCUGCCGCUGCCAUCUCCCUUGCUAGUCUCGUUGCCGCCAGCCCAGUUGAAAUCACUGAGAGGCAGUCAUGCCCCAAGGUUCACAUUUUUGGCGCUCGUGAGACCACAGCUCCCGCUGGGUACGGCACUGCUGGCGGUCUCGUUAACCAGUGCCUCUCUGCCUUCUCUGGAUCUACCGCGGAGGCGAUUGUCUACCCCGCUUGCGGAGGACAGUCAUCAUGCGGAGGCGCAAGCUACGAUAGCUCUGCUACCCAGGGUACCACGGCUGUUGUCAAUGCAGUCACUGCCUUCAACAAGAAGUGCCCAGACACUCAGAUCAUCCUUAUCGGCUACUCUCAGGGUGGCCAAAUCAUGGACAAUGCUAUGUGCGGAGGGGCUGGCGCCACGCUCUCCGGCGCCGCAGCAGAUGCCGUCAAAGUAGGCAUCUACAUGGGCGACCCACAUAACCGUGCCGGUCUGCCAUAUAACGUUGGUACCUGCAAGAACCAAGGCUUUGCCGCCCGUCCCGCUGGCUUCACCUGCUCUGUAGCAUCCAAGAUCCAGUCGUACUGCGACUCAACUGACCCAUACUGCUGCAACGGCAACGAUGCCAACUCUCACCAGCAGUACGUUAACAAGUAUGGCUCGCAGGCUAUGGCUUUCAUCAAGAGCAAGAUCACUGCUUAAGGGAGCACUUGAGCGAAACGCGAGGUGUGCACUGGUCCAAAUUUUGUAGAUUUUUUGUAACUACAUCC